AUGUCGUAUCAAUUUGAAUCAUCGUCGCCACCCUCCUUAUCUUCUUCAAUAUCUUCACUUUUUACCGAUCAGACUCAGGCCAAAACUAAAAAGGAAGAUUACGACUACUCUAUUCUUAACAUUAUUCCAAAUUUAAUAAGUGAAAAAAGGAAAAAAACAAUAUUUGUAGAAAAACUUGUUGACAUGACUUGCCAUAUAAUUGAAAUCAUUUGGGCCGAUAUGUUUUUUGAUCCAAGCUCCAAAGUUAUUUCACUAAAAGUUUUCGUGAAGGAAACUUUAAGGCGUUCCAGGACUUCGUAUUCUACUUUACAAGCAACUUUAUUAUAUUUAUUUCGAAUUAAAUCAAAAAUUUCUUUAAUUACUGAUAGACGGAUGUUUUUGGCCGCUUUAAUAAUUGCUUCGAAAUAUCUUCAAGAUUGUAAUUAUUCUAAUCGUGCAUGGUCAAGGGUAUCAGGUCUUCCUAUUAAUGAAUUAAAUACGAUUGAGAUAUGUUUUCUUCGACUUAUUGAUUAUAAUUUGUUUAUUUCUGAAAACAAUUUUAAACAUUGGAGUAAAAAUCAACAUUCUAUAGUAAAAUUGCAAGAAAUUAUGAAAUCUAUGGAUGAAUUUGAAAGUUUAGCUCAGAGAUCUUGUCAGAAUGAUUCAUCGAGUGGCAAAUAUCAAAAUCGUAAAAGUACCAGAAUCACGGCAAAUUGA